CAGUCCGCGAUGGAGCCCCGGACAUAGCAGACUGAAGCUGGGGGGGAGGAACCUCGCUCGCUCGGCACUUUUGCUCUGCGCGUGUGGUCCUCGUGCGGAACUGCGGGAGAAGUUUGCAUGGCACGAGAGCCGCUCAACGACAACUUUAGAGAGCAAGAAUGAAAAUAAGAUGUGCCCACUACACACAUAGAUUGAGACACAGAUGCUUCCUGUUUUCUCUGUCUCUGCUGGCGGUCUGUCUGCUCAAGCUGGUCCACAUCAAAGUGACGGUGAGGGACGGCGUCUACAUCGAGCCCUACGGGAUCACGGCCGCCCUCUCCGGACUCAACAAGCAAAGGUAUGACAUCAACUGCACCGCCGUCUACGAGCUGGACCCGGUGGAGAUAGGCAAGACUCUCGCCAUCAGACGGAAGGCCAUCAGACGGAAGGCCAUCGUCGACGUGGACGAUGACAGCAUCGUGACCUUGACCUCGGACUGUCAGGCGUUCAUCAGAACGAGGGGUUACGAUGAAGUCCCGGUGUCGGAGGCGGAGCGGGGCUUCCCGUUGGCCUACUCCCUGGUGGUGCACAAGAAUGCACCCAUGGUGGAGCGCAUCCUUCACGCCAUCUACGCGCCUCACAAUGUCUACUGCAUCCACUACGAUCAGAAGUCCUCCCCGGCGUUCAUAAAGGCCGUUCAGAACCUGGGCCGGUGUGCUCCGAAUGUGUUUAUCGCCUCGAAAUUGGAGUCGGUGGAGUACGCGCACAUCAGCAGGCUCAACGCCGACCUGAACUGCCUCUCCGACCUGCUGAGGUCAGAGGUCAAGUGGAGGUAUGUCAUCAACCUGUGUGGCCAGGACUUCCCUCUCAAGGCAAACCACGAACUGGUCGCGGAGCUGAAGCAGCUCAACGGCAGCAACAUGCUGGAGUCCAGCCGGCCCAGCGAACUCAAGAAAAAGCGGUUCGGCUUCCGGCACGAGCUGAAGAACGUGCCUUACGAGUACCGUCGAAUUCCCGUCAAGACCGCGGCAGUCAAAGAGGUCCCGCCGUACGGUAUCGAGAUGUUCAUCGGGAGCGCGUAUUUCGUCCUGUCGCGCGAUUUCGUCGAUCACGUCAGCAGCAGCCCGGUGGCGAAGGACUUUCUGGCGUGGUCCGCCGACACAUACUCACCAGACGAACACUUCUGGGCCACCCUCGUCAGGGUCCCCGGGGUGCCCGGACACAUUCCCAGGUCGGAGGCCGACGUGACCGAUCUGAGGAGUAAGACGCGACUCGUCAAAUGGAACUAUUUAGAGGGGAACCUUUACCCGGCCUGCACGGGUGCACACAUGCGGAGCGUUUGCAUCUACGGAGCGGCCGAGCUCCGCUGGCUCCUCAACUACGGCCACUGGUUCGCCAACAAAUUUGACCCCAAAGUGGACCCGAUCCUCAUCAAGUGUUUGGAGGAGAAGCUGAUGGAGAAACGAAAGUAUGUGCAAACAUGAUACUGAAAGGGAAGAGGAAAGGAGGAGAGAGUGGUUCUAGUAUUUAUUUCAGUUGUUCGGCAAAGGUGCAAAAUGACAUCAAAGGACAUCUCCUCAAUCAUUGUACUGAAGCAUAGGUUUUGAGACGCAGGCACUUUUCUUGAGUGUUUUCCUUUUAUUAGCCUCUGCUACCUAUUCAGCCCAGUCGCCAGGAAAACAUGUUGGCAUCGUACGUUUCUAUGAAAACACGGAUACGGAUUUUUUGCAUUCGGUCCGAGCAAGUGGAGUAUAUGGAGCGACAGUUAUUGAAUGUUAUGUGAUAUAAUGAGAAGGGGCAAACAUGAGACUUUCACACAAGAGACCACUGUUCAUGUCCUGUGUGAAACCAAAAAUCCUCUCGUUACGUUGUUAUGUCAUUAUCUGACCAUUGACCGUGAUCUCUGUCUGACCUUCAUAGUGCUGCGACUAACGACACAUUUUCUUAUCGACUAUUUUACCGAUUAGUCUAUUGAUUUGAACGAUUAAUUUUCCUCUAAGAAAAAUCAAAUUGAUCAGUUCAUUUAAUAUUGACAAACUGUAGGCUAUGCCAUUGUAAAAUAAAGAUCUUGUAAUAGAGUAUCAAAAUGCUCCUGAUAUUCUUACAGUGCUCAUACCAGUUUGUAAUCAGAAAUCAAUAGACUCUAAAGCAUUUUUCAACAAGGCAGCAUAAAUCACCAUAACAUGAGUGUAUUUAGCAGAAACAAAAGAUUUAAAAAAAAACAACAUGCGGCGAAUGAAAGUAUUGAUCUUAACGCAUUUUCAGCGUCGACGUCAUCGUUUACGCUGACUAACCCCGGCAGCCCUGAACCUUGACCAGGUAAUGUUGCUGCCUAAACCUGACCAAUCGUUUCACAACGUCAAUCACGGAGCAUUGUGCAUUUCUGCUGGCAAAAUACGAGGCUGAUACAUGAGGUAUUUAUGGAACAUAUUUUUGGUCCAGAAACGUUGAUAUUCAACGCACCCCGUGGUUUGCAGAAAAAGGUACAAUAUAAAACAUGUUUCCUGAGGACUGGGCUGGUAUUUUCAUUUCGUUAGCCUCUAAUACAUAUUUCAUUGGAAAACACUGAACAUUUCUCUGAUGGCUUCUAAUUACUUUGCAGAUUAAGAUUUCUCCAGCCAACCCAUGAUAAGGUCGAACAGUGUGCAUUGCUUUAGUACCGAACACUAUACGGAGAGGCACCGCCUCAAUAAUCAACAGUAAUUUAACACUGUGAAUGAGAUUGUUCUUCAGAAUGAGUUCUAUUCAAAUGGGACAUUUGACUAAUAUUUCUAAAUAUUGAUUGCUCGACUUUUAACGAAUUCUGUUUACAAUGCGAUAUUGCUAAGGGAUUGAAAUUGUCUUUCCACCUCUUCAACAUGAUGCAACUCUGUCCCCGCAGGAUACCUAACAGCCUUUCCACAUCAUUUCAUUCGUUGUAAUCGUUGUCAGUCUGCAACUUUCCCCGAUCGCACGAGGCAUUUAAUCAGCCUUUAAAAAGUGCCUUUGUCAAAAAGGUUAUUUGAGGGAAAUGCCAUCCUAAAAGCAAGCUGCUACUCGAUGUCACGUCCAAAUAGUGUCCGUGUUGAUCUUGAAUAUGAUUCCAGAGACUGCUUUUAUAUCGAGAGUAGAAAUACCAAAGACUCAUGCUGUUCUCAUGUAUUCUGCUUAAUGAAAUGCUCCGUGUUUUUUCUUUGUGAUGAAGAUAGCAACUGAUGUAAAAAAAAAAGUUAGGAUCGAUAUUGAAAGGUUGUGAUUUCUGACGGUUUCUGUAUUCUUGAAUAAAAGUAUGGUGCUUCUUACGGGCUGUUUGGCCUUCAGUUGUGUUGUCAGGUGAUACCCUGUCGCCUCCGAACGACCUGUGUGUGAAUCCACCUGUGUGUGGAUUCACACACAGGUGUUUCAGUUAUUGUGUCCACCGCAUGCAUGUCAAUGGCUUUUCAUCCACAA